AUGCUUAAAUCUAGUGCGGUAAAUGAGGUAGCUCGCCAUCGUUCGGCUGCAUUUCUGGCAGAUCAACGAAAUGUUGCAUUCAACACGCCUUUAGAUAGUGGGCGGACGGCAGCGCCGGGUGUUUCGGCGGUUCCGGAGCCGACUACAUUGUCGCGACCUAUAGGGCAACACAAUCCCACAUCUACAAAGCCGGACUUAGGAACAGUGGGUGCGGCAAUGGGUGGUGGUGAUGCCCAACAGACGGAAGCUGAGAAGGCGCAAUGGGCGCAGACUCAGCAGGAGGAUACCAUGAGGCAGCAAGUGAGGAAGAAAGCGCGCUGUGUGAUGGCGGAGGAAGCUCACCGCUAUCACAGCGAGCAUGGGAAUAGCACCAAGGUUAAGGCCCGCAUGGGCAAUCGGCAGCAAGGCCGCCCGCAGAAUGGCAAUGACCAGAAGGCAGGUGGUUGUGGUGGUAACCAUGGCGGGAAGAAUACUAAAGGAGGUGGUGGUCAGCAACAGCAGUUGACUACCCAGCAGCAGCAGUGA